AUGUCUUUCUUAUUCAUAGAUAACAGUGCGUUCAUUGACCGCGCAACAAGAAAGCGAAUUCGCACCCACGCCGCGACAGGGAAGAAUGCCAACAGGACUCUAACGCGGUCAUCCAAGAGCAAAGGCAACAACGUGACUCCAUUUCGCGUUCCUGAAGCUAUUAGGAGAGAACAGAGAAAUGAGACAGCUAAUGGGGAGGUCGCCCGGCCAGUUACUGAUGGACUGGUGUUUCCGAUACCCGUGCCGGAGACAUCCAAGGGCUUAGUUCGAGAAGCACUGUUUUUCUUCAGCGGUAUACGAUACAAUCCUGAGCUUGAUGGCGCCUUGGAGAACCCCGACCACAUGGGGUCCGUCUGGGUGCGGUAUUUCUUUAUCGACGAGGCUUACUUCCACUGCUCUGUAGCCACAUCGAUCCUGUGCUCUCAGAACCUUGUCCGUGAGACGACCCAAGGAAUGCGCCAUAUUGCACGCACCUACCGCAUCGUCCAAAAAAGACUCAUGAGCCAGGAGGAGGCGACGUCGGAUAUGACUAUGGCGAUACUUGUGGCCAUGUCCCAGUAUGAGCGGUUGCAGGGUCAGUAUGCGCGGGGUUAUGUCCAUCUCCAGGGCCUCCGGCGGAUGGUUGAGUUACGUGGGGGCAUCAAGCAGUUUGAUAGUGAUAAUUGUGGGGUUAUUCAGAAAGUCCUAAGGGAUUCGCUAAUGAUACAGGGGCGAUUUGGAAUUCGCUUUACAACUUGGUUCAAGGACUUUGUUUGGCGUUGA